AUGAAUACAACUUACUGGUUUCAUUCAGUCUAUGAGUAUACAACUCUGCCUGCUAUUUACACCUUUGUCUUCAUCAUUGGUCUCGGAGCUAAUGUAUGGGGACUAAAGUCUCUGCUGCAGAAAUGGAAAAUUCUUGGACAUAUUAAUGUGUUUCUUCUGAACCUUGGAAUUGCUAAUUUUUUGUUCCUGCCAACUCUCCCAUUUUUGUCAGCGUACUAUUUUAUGGACAGUAAAUGGAUAUUUGGAGAUGCCUUCUGCAAGAUCACAAGAUUCUGCUUCAACCUGAAUUUAUACGGCAGCAUUGGAUUCCUCACCUGUAUUAGUGUCUACAGGUACCUGGCUAUUGUCCAUCCAAUGAAAGCGAUGGGAAGAAUAACUGUGACUCACUCUGUAGCUAUCUCAGUUGUGGUUUGGCUGUUGGUGAGUGCUGAAAGUUUUCCAGAUAUGUUCUUCCCUAAAAACUCAAAAAAUAAAACUGAAAAAUGCUACCAUACCACCUCUUAUGACUAUGUGGAGGAUUACCUGAAAUACAGUGUUGGCUGGACUCUCACUGGGUUUGUUAUCCCAUUCCUUAUCUUACUUGGCUCCUAUGGACAUGUGACUCUUGUUCUCUGCCGCAUUAAUACCAUUGAUAAGGUGGUGAAACAAAGAAGCUUAAAGUUGAUGUUCAUCUUGAUUUUGCUCUUCUCGGUUUGUUACAUCCCCUAUCAUAUUUUUAAGAACUUCAGCCUUUAUUCAAGAGUUUUGAUCAAACAGAAGAUGCGUCCAGCAUGGGAUGAGGGAGUGCUUAGCGCUCAUCAGAUCAGUCGUGGUCUUGUGUGUCUGAAUAGUGUUUUGAACCCCUUGGUUUACCUCCAUGUCAUGGAUAUUCCCGCUCAAAUCAGACAGAUGCUUCAGCGGUUUCGUCAGAUCUUCGUGUCAGAGUUCAGCAGUGUACCAGUGGCACAAAGUGCAGAUGUUUAACAGGAGUUUGGCAUGAAUGAUUGAGUUUGUUUAUUAUACUGUGCUUCAUCCAGUUAAUUAUUGCUCUUUUUUUCCUGAAACAACAGUUUGGGCACAGGUUACUAUAUAAAUGUAUAUAAAUACUUCUAUCAAAUCAGACAGAUGCUUCAGCGGUUUCGUCAGAUCUUUGUGUCGGAGUUCAGCAGUGUACCAGUGGCACAAAGUUCAGAUGUUUGGUCUGUUGCCUUGUAUAUUGUGAAUAACUGAAACCCAGUGGAACACAUUUUCUCUUUUGGUUUAAAACACAUUGUCUUUUUUUUGUAUGCAUGAUUGUAAUUGCUCUGAAUAAGCUUCACUCAUUUUGACAGAGUCAGUAUC